AUGCAGUCGCGUGUCCGUCAGUUUAUGGACUUGCCUCUCGAGCUUAGACUCAUGGUCUGGAAGUUCGCUUUGCGACCGCUAGAUCCUGCUCGCCCCGGAGCUCACUUCUUUUCCGUGGUCAACACUGGGGAAGAUGGGGACAAGGCGGCAAGAAUCAGUGUCCGAUGUAAAGGCCGUAACCGAUAUUGCUCCAGAUACCACCUUGCAGCACCGAAGCUUGAUUCUGAAGAAGGCAGCCCUUCUUGGACGAGAAAAAAUCCAUCUGCAUACAUCUGGGACUUUGGCCUAUGGAGCGCAUGUAGAGAGUCCAGACAUGUUAUUAAGGCACACUACGAGAAAAUAAUCUGCACUAAAAAGUUUCGAAAUGACUCUACCAUAACCCUAUCCUUCGCCAAUACCUCUAUUUCGCUCAGUUUUCGACACAGUAAGGAGAGAUGGCGCUUCUUUUUUCAUCCAGACCAGGAUCUGGUGUGUCUACAAGCAUUCGAUCCAAGCACUAUCUACUGGUGGGAAGAUCGCGCUUGUGGACGCGUGUGCAUCACCAAUACUGCUGCCAAACUUUUCAACACUAUCAACUAUUUUGAUCGUCCCAGCUUAUUAAGACUUGGCAAUGUCGCGAUAGCAUAUGACCCUAGCUGGAACGACAUAGAAAAGGAAAGGGACAAAUACAGUUUCCGCGGCCUUUACGAAGAGCAAAGUGCUCGAGGCUUCUUCAUCCGUACCCUUGCCCUCAUCGAACUCAAUGCCCAGGUUCACUUCAAAAGCCCAACUUUCUGGCUUAUAGAUUACAAUAUCAAUAGAAUUCGUUUCCCAAAGAAUACAAGAAAGGGAAGAAAAGUCUUCUACGGUAACGGUCAAACGUUUGCAGAGGUCGACAAGUCGUCGUCCAGACGCAGCUUCUCGUCUGGUGAAUACAGUUCGGCGCUCGAGUUUCUGGAUAACCUCGACAUACUUCUUGGCGGUGACAAUCCAAGCCACUCUAUGAUUCAUGAAAGUGGCAGAGCUAGCUGUUAUAUUUGCAGUAAUCCCUUUCAUGGUACUAGGCCUUACCAGAUCCAUCGCCACGUUCGUGUGCUGAUGUGCGAGAAGGGGAGCACAUGA